AGUCGGACUGACAAAUUCGGGUUAAUUGGAUACCAUGGCGGAUUUUCCGAAAUCACACAAAUCCAAACUACAAAUUGCAUUGGUGAUUUUAAUUCUGGUUACGUUAGCUGUUGUCUAUCAAGGUAACACUUUCCACCAGCCGGCCAUUUUGAGAACAGUAUCACAAUGGUCAGGUCGUGCUGGAUUGACAGAAUAUUGGGCUGAAGAUGACUCUACAAGUACUACCACCGAACCAUUGUCCACAACAUCUACAGUACCACCAUUAAUCCUUAGAAGGAAUUUUCAUAAACAUUACGACUUUGGUGAGGUCCACCAGCAGAGAAAGAACACUAUCGAACGUGUCUGUGACAAAAGCCAACACGGCUAUUACGGGAAGUCAAAAGGUACUACCGUGGCCAAAAGACUGGUAAUCGACAAUCGUCAUCAUCUCGUCUAUUGUGCUGUUCAAAAGGUUGGCUCAACGUUUUUACGAAGUCUUUUGCGCAUUGUUAGCUCAGAAGGGGAGAAAAAUGUCGACAGCCGAUGGAAGCGAGUCAAUAGAAAAGAAAUUAAAGACUUUACUGAAUUCCAUUAUUUUCUAACGAGUUCGUUUAAAAUGAUGUUUACUCGUGAGCCUUACAGUAGACUGUUUUCAGGAUAUGUUGAUAAACUGUUUACUGUCAAUACUUUGUACUGGAAGAUUACAGGAACAUACAUUAAAAAUAAAAUUCUGCAACACGGUAAAAAGCCGCCGACCUUUUGUGGACAUGAUAUAACUUUCCCACAAUUUAUUAAGUACGUCAUUGAAUCAGAGAAAACUGGUGAACACACUGAUAGACAUUUUACGCCCAUAUACGAACACUGCCGACCGUGCCAGAUACCUUACGAUUUUAUAGGAAAAAUGGAAACAUUUGCGAAUGAUUCGCUUAUUUUACUGAAUGCUUGGAACAGACGAUAUGGAAUCAAUAUUUCAUUUGAUGAUUUUGAGGCAGAGACGGCCUUACAGAGGGCCAUUUCCCACACAAGUCGUCUAUACAGUAUGCGAACAAAGCUUGAAAAAUGUACAUCGUUUUAUGUUGGCAUGCAGCGAAUAUGGAAGAAUCUACAAAUUCGAGGAAUUUUACCGAAAACUGCACAACUUCCAUUUACCCCAUCAGAAUCUAUGAAUGUGAGUAGAACACAGCUAGUGGAGGCAUUGACGAAAGCUAUUCAGGGUGUCAGCGACCGAGCAGCACUACGUCAACAGAAGAAAGAGUCUCUGAUACAGGCCUAUAGACAGGUUCCUAUGGAGGACCUCGUCAAACUUAGGGAGGUAGUCAGGCCCGACUGUGAGCUAUUCGGGUACAAUGUCUCGCCUGAUUACAUAUUUAAACGUAGUGAUUCUUCUGACUCUAAUUCUUUCAAGUAUUUUGAAAUAAAUGAAUUACCUUAGAGUUUUUCAGUCCGUGGGGAUGGGGGUUCGUCAAAACUUCAACAUGGCAGUCACAGAUCAUUUUUGUAACAUGACUUCGCAAUCAUGGUUUUCCUGAACAACAAGUUCUGUCAAUGGGAUUCAGCGCAAACUUGCUUGAAGCGAUUCUGAGAUGGUCCUGAUGUUGUUAAUUUUGGGUCAGUUUGAAAUGUUCACUAUGGCCGCCAUAUUGAAAUUCAUAUUUCAAACUGAACAUAAGUGGUCCCGAUGUAGACCAGAUCGAGUUCUUUUUUCAAACAGGUCAAAAAUUCAAACUGUGAUGCUUUUGUGGCCAUUUUAUAACAUGGGCAUACAUUUUAUCAGCCCAUUCUUUAGUUCUAUCAAUUGAAUUUGGAAUGAACCUAUUCGGAAUGAGCUCAAAAUAUUCCUGUCCAUGUGAUUAUAUUGUUCGGGACAACAUACAUUAUAGUACAAUGCUCUCGGUGUCACUCUAUUACAAUAGUGCUAUGGUCUUCAUAGUCAGAUGACUGUUAAAGCCAAUCUGAUAUAUAUGCUUUCUGUGAAAGAUGUUUGGCCAUCAUUUGGGGAAUAUUUCAUAUGGUUUGUUUGCUUAUGACUAUGUUUCUGUUGUAUCAAAAGUUAAAUAUGUUUGAAUUAAAGGUGUUUUGCAUUUUAUAAAAAUAACCGUAUAUUCAAUAUCUUUAUGACCCUCCUUCGAAUGAUUAAACUAUGAAUACGUGUGUUCUAAAGUGUUACAUUUACAAGAAUGUAAGAUGUUGUUAAGGGAUACAAACUCUUUUAUAUGUGCAAUCUCAAUGAAAUAGAGUUAGAAAGGUAGGAAAACUAUCCAACCAUAAUGGCAACAAAAUAAGUCUUUGGGUACACAAGGAAAGGAAACAAUUCUUUACCUUCCUUCGGAAGGUGGCCGCGAUGUCCGAGUGGUUAAGGUGUCCGGACACUUUAUCACUAGUCCUCCACCACUGGGUUGCGAGUUCGAAACCUACGUGGCGCAGUUGC